AUGCUUCCUCCAUCCCCCAUUCCUUCCGCUGCAGCUCGCAGCCUUCUAUCCGCCGGAGGAGGUCCUGCGUGUCUCCUUUUCGCCGCGGGCGCGGCAGGGCGGCGCCCACUCGGCGCGGCUCCCCCUGGCUCUGUCACGCCUCUGCGUGGGCGUGACAGAGACAGGGUCCGCGAGGCCCGCCGCAGAAGGGCGGACUGCGGCGUGCCCUCUGGCGUGGAAAGCCCUUCCGCUGAACCGACCUGCUGGUUCCGCGGUCUGAGGCGUCUUUUGGCCCCCUCGACGUCCGCACGACCCCGAGCAGACUCAGCAGGUCUUUUGGGCCAGGUUCCCUCUGUGCUUCGCUCGGCAACGCGCGCAACUGCGUUCUCUUGCUUCGUUCCUGUUUCCUCUUCAUCUCCUGGCUUCCAGCGGCCCUUCUCGCCUGCGUCAACGCUGGGCUGCGACGGCAGCCGCUUGGAAGACUUGGGGUGCGGCAGGUCUCGUUUUCCCUCACUUCGCCCCUCAGCAGGCUUCUCUCGCCCUAUAUUUCCUUCGCCUCUCUCUCCGUGCGGCGCCUCCCGCUCGGCGAUGACAUCUGCAGUGCCCGCCCCGGCGGCUGGUCUAGGGUCGCAGCGCAGAGCAGACGAGACGCGCCCUCACCCACCGACGCCGAGCGCCGUGUCUCUUCUCGAGAGGAGACAGGAGGCGCAGACUGUGGGGUCGCCGGCGUGUCCCUUCGACGUGUUCAUCGACGUCCGGAAAGGGCCGCCUCCCUCCUUUUUCUCUCUCUCGUUCGGCCUCUACAGGAGUUCAGACCACGCGGGCGCGAGAGCCUUUUGGGGGAGAGAGCCGGAGAGGAUUUCCUUCCUCUUGCGACUUCCGCUAGGCGUCGGCGACCGACCCAUGCCUCCCGUCGACCUUGAGCCGAGCAUGAGUGUCUCUGCAUUCAAAAACCUCUUAGCCGAAGCAGUGGAGUCGAGCGGCGGACUGCAGUUUGUCCUCGUGGACGGUGUGCGUACGCUGGACGGCAUUGAAGUCGCGGAUUCGGCUCCUCUUCGCGAGCUGCUCCUGCGAGGCUUUUCCUUCUCUCUGCUCCUGCCUCACAUCCAGAGCGACGGCAGGCCCUGUUCUCGCAGCGCUUCGCAUCACGCUUCGCAGUCGUUCUCGGUCGCACUCUGGUCGUUUCCUUCCUCUCGCUCGCCUCUCGCGUCGCCAUCGUCGGACGCCUUGUCACCUAGCAAGACCGUGGCGGCGCUCUCCGCUGACGAGGCGAGCGCGGGCGAGCAGCGAGCGCCCUCCUCAGUUCCUUUGGACACGCUGCUGGCGGGCGGUCAGAACGCAGGGCCUUGCGCACUCGUUUUUUUCCGCGUCUGGCCUCUCUCACUCGUCGACUUGAUGGUGAGGCGCGCGGGCUCGCCAGGUGCACGCGGCGUGGCGGAGGCGCCGGCUCUCGGCGCGGCGGGCUCCAGUCCGCCGGCCUCGAGCGCCUCUGCGUCUAUCGGGACCCCCGUGUCUCUCUCUGCCUCCUCGCCGGCUGAUGGUGCAGUCAAACCUACGGAGCUUCUAGCUCUCUUUCCUGUCCACGCCGACGCCAUGGCGGCUUCAGUUCUCUCUGCCUCGCGAGCGUAUCUGACGCGUCGAGCUGCCGACCGCCAGGCGGAAGGAGGGCGCGCACGAGCCCAGUCUGGCGUCUGCAGGCCUGAGAGGAGAGGUUUGGAGGCGGGCGACGAGGAGGACUCCGCGGCAAAGGACAGCGCGAGACGCCGGAGACAGGAGUGCGGCGGUCGCACCAAGCUGAAGGCGCAGCAUGAGCGAGACGCCGAGAGGGACGCGGAAAUCGUACAGGAGGCCCUGGCUUUCGGCGUCCUCUGCGGGAAGGAGCAACUGCUGAAGAAGCUUCUGUCUCUGCAAGAAACGCUGGAUAUGCGGAUGAGCAACCAGGAAAAACAAAAGGAACUGAAAGCUCGUUUGGACCGGCGGGCGGGUUCCGUUCGCGGCGCGGUCGCGUGGAGCAUGUGCGCGCUGCUCUCUGCACAGGCGUCGCUGGUGUUUUACGGAACAUACUUUCUCUACUCCUGGGACAUCAUCGAACCACUCACGUAUCUCCUCGGAGCCUUCGACGUCUGCGUCGCCUACGCCUUCCACGCCGCGACCUCCUCCGACUACUCGCCGCACACAUUCGUCCAGUCCAUCGUCGAGCGACGGAGGCGGCGAGCGUACAGGGCGGCAAACUUCGACGCUAGCGCAUUCUAUCGCGAGGCUGAGCAGCUGCAGCGUCUGCAGGACAAUAUUCGGCAACUGCAGAGCGCGUACACCCUCUACUUCGGCGACGGCGGAUGCCUAGCCGCGCCGCGACCCGCCUCGAUGUCGACUUCUCGCAAAACGCCGUCUGCGUCUGUCUCUUUCCCCUCUCCCACUACGAGUGCCACGCCGUUUUCUUCGUUCGACGACUCUUCCAGUGAAAAUCGCGACAUGGAAAAAACGCAACGAAACAAAGAGAACUGCGCCAGGCUCUGA